GCGGCGGCCAUGUCGGACUCCGGGCACAGCCAGCCCGGCCUGUACGGCCCCGACCGCCGGCGCCGCUGGAACCGUGACAAGGAGCUGGGCCCCCCGGGCGGCCCCCAGAGCCUGUCGGGGCCGGGCCGGGAGCGUGACUACGGCCCCUGGGACCGCGAGCGCCGGGAGCCCGCAGAGGAGCCGGUCGGGUCCGUGAUGCAGAAGACGCCCAUCAUCCUGGCCAAGCCGCCUGCUGAGAGGUCCAAGCUGGCCCCUGCCCCAGCUCCGGCCCCACCCACCACUGCCCCGUCCCCCAUGGAGAAGCCCAUUGUGCUGAUGAAGUCGCGGGAGGAAGGCAAAGGCCCCGCGGAGGGGGCUGCCCAGCUCCCCACAGCUGCCGCCAAGGGGGAGAAGGAGGGACAGCGCCCCACGCAACCCGUCUACCAGAUCCAGAACCGGGGCAUGGGAUCCGCUGCCUCCAGCAGCACCAUGGACCCCGUGGUGGGCCAGGCAAAGCUGCUGGCCCCGGAGAAGAUGAAGCACAGCAUCAAACUGGUGGACGAUCAGAUGAACUGGUGUGACAGCGCCAUCGAGGUACCUGGCCCCGGGACGCCCCCCAUCCCACAGAGAUCCUCCCAGCCACCCCCUGUCCCCCCGGGCCCUGCUA